CGCAGAGCUGAGGACAUGGCUGCGCUGGCUCGGAGCGUCCUGGUGACAGGGUCCAACAGGGGCAUUGGACUGGAGCUGGUGCGGCAGCUGGCCGCCAGCCCCCGGCCCCCCCAGCACAUCUUUGCCACCUGCCGUGAUCCCAAGGGUCCAGGAGGGAAGGCCCUGCAAGAAUUAGCUGCCCAGCACUCCAGCAUCAAACUGGUCCAGCUAGACACAGUGAAUCUGCCCAGCAUCCAAGGGGCUGUGCAGGCUGUGGGGUAUCAUCUGAAGGACCAGGGCUUGAACCUGCUCAUCAACAAUGCAGGCAUCAGCUCCCAUGCCACCCUGCACUCCCUGGACUCACAGGAGAUGCUCAACGUGUUUGCCACCAACGUGGUUGGGCCACUCCAGGUUGUCAAGGAAUUUCUGCCACUCCUGGAGCAGGCGGCGAAGGGCGCGGGGAAGGAGGGGCUGAGCUGCAGCAGGGCCGCUGUCAUCAACAUCUCCACCAAACUGGGCUCCAUUGGGCUGUGCCUCAGGGUGCCAGAGGCCCCCAUGUACCCGUACCGGGCCAGCAAGGCUGCCCAGAACAUGGUGACGAGGUGCUUGGCUGUGGAACUCCAGGACAAGGGGAUCUUGUGUGUGGCCAUCCAUCCUGGCUGGGUGAAGACUGACAUGGGCACAGAGCAGGCACUGCUGACAGUGGAGCACAGUGUGAGGGGAAUCCUGACCGUGCUGGCCAGCCUCUCACAGGACAACUCUGGAGCCUUCCUCGACUGGGAAGGGAACAGCCUGCCCUGGUGAUGGACAAAUGGAUGGUGCCUCUCGCCCAUGCUGCAGCCUCUGCUUGCUCGCUCACCACUCUACAUGGUCAUCCCUGCUCACCCUCAGCCCUCCUCACACUACCAGGGAGAAGCCCGGGAAAAAGCCUCUCUCUCCUUUCCCAUGCCAUGUGUUCACUCUGGUCCCUCUGUACUAUGUACCCGGAUCUCUGUAAACUCUGGCAGCUGAUACCUCUCUGCUCUUCUCCACACCCAGUCUCAAACCGCCCACCCGGGCCCAGGGCAGGAUCUGCCCAAGCGCUGUGUGUCCCUCUGGCCCUGCUGUGACCAGGCGUCCCCCAGCUGAGGGGAGAGGGCAGCUGGUCCCUGUGACCUCCAGCCCCUCAGGCAGCUCAGCCUGGGCAAGGGAAAGCCAGUUGUGCAGGGGCUCAAAGAUCUCUCUUCUGUCAGGAGGGGGGCCCUGCUCCAGUUUCUCCAGUGCCUCCUGGAGGGGAGGUCUCCAGAGGGCAGUCAUGGUGCCUAGGGAUGUACUGCUUAUACCUCAUGGGGAUGCCAGUGACAGCCUUGGGUCA